AUGGCCCCUCAUAGUGCUUAACCAGGAGACAAGAAAAUCUCACCAUUCCUAAACGCUCUUAUAGGUGGUAUUACUGGUGCCAUUGAAAUAUCUAUUACCUUCCCAACUGAAUACACCAAAACCGUCAUGUAAUUGUACCCUGAAUUAAACAAGCAAGGUACUGUCGCUACAGUUAAGUAGACAUUCAGAGAGAAGGGUGUUUUCGGAUUCUACAGAGGAUACAGUGCUCUCCUUAUGUUCUCCGUGCCAAAGAACUACACUAGAUUCGGAACCUAUGCCUACGUUAAGUCCAAUGUAUUCACUGAGCCCACUAAGUUGAAUAAUUUCCUCUGCGGUAUUUGUGCUGGAGCUGCCGAGUCAACAUUUGUCGUCACCCCUCAAGAGACUCUUAAGACCAAGCUUAUCCACGACAAACUCUCAGCAAACCCUCAAUACAAGAAUCUGUUCCACGGUAUCUACAAAAUCGUGUAGACCUAGGGUGUUGCAGGUCUUUACAGAGGUUAUCUAGCUACUUUGCUUAAGUAAUCAACUAAUCAGGGAGUAAGAUUUGUGGUAUUCGAAGAUACUCAAAAGUUCUUGCAAAACUACAUAACAUAUAAAGUGCUCUGCGAUUUCUUGUCAGGAGCCUUCGCUGGUUUCUGCUCAACCAUGUUCAACAAUCCAGUUGACGUCGUAAAGACCAACCUUCAAGGCAUGGAAGCUCAUAAAUACGGUGGUUUCUUAGGUUGUUUCUCCUACAUCAUGAAGCACGAAGGGCCAAUGGGAUUCUACAAAGGAGUCGGCCCAAGACUUGCCAGAGUUAUCCUCGAUGUGGCCAUUACAUUCUCAGUAUUCAACUCUCUCAAGAGAUUGUUGGUCAAGAUGCUUGCCAGAGAUUGA